AUGGGAAAACAAAGAGACAUUUUGAAGAAACUGGCAGGGACCUUUCAGAUCCGACAUGUGCUCCUCCGCCAGGCCAUGGCAGAGUGCCUGGGAACCUUCAUUCUGGUGAUGUUUGGGUGUGGGUCAGUAGCCCAGGUGGUGCUGAGCGGAGGCUCCCACGGCUCCUUCCUCACGGUCAACAUUGCUUUUGGUUUUGCUGCGACUUUGGGCAUCCUAGUGAGUGGACAGAUCUCAGGUGGUCAUCUGAACCCAGCUGUGACCUUCUCACUGUGUUUACUUGGGAGAGAGCCCUGGAGGAAGUUCCCGCUGUUCUUUUUCUUUCAGACUCUCGGUGCCUUUCUGGGGGCAGCAGUUGUAUUUGGCAUGUAUUUUGAUGCAUUAUGGGACAUUAGCCAGGGAGAGCUGAUCGUAGUGGGGAAUAAUGCCACAGCUGGGAUUUUUGCCACAUAUCCAUCCAAACAUCUCUCCUUGGUAAAUGGAUUCUUUGAUCAGAUUAUUGGAACAGCUGCAUUGAUCGUGUGUAUCCUGGCCAUAGUGGACCCUCGAAACAACCCCGUCCCUCGGGGUCUGGAGCCCCUCACGGUGGGCCUCGUGGUGCUGGUCAUCGGCCUGUCGAUGGGCUUCAACUCUGGCUAUGCUGUGAACCCAGCCCGGGACCUGGGGCCACGCAUCUUCACCGCUCUGGCAGGGUGGGGAAGAGAGGUUUUCACGGCAAACACCUACUGGUUCUUUGUGCCCCUCUUUGCCCCCUUCCUGGGGGCAGCCGUGGGGGUUCUGAUCUACCAGCUCCUGAUCGGAUACCAUUUAGAAGGAGAAGUGCAAAAAAAGCAGGAGGAGGAAAGGUCCAAACGAUCCAAUAUGACAACCAACGAAGAAGCAUAA